GUGCAUCAGCUUGUCUGGCUGCAUCAGAAUCACCAGCAAGCUUUUAUAACAUUUUUUUAUUUUGAAAAAAUUUCUAGCGUACAAAGAAGUCGCGAGAAUAAUUCAGUGAACUGCAUUAUACUCUUCUGCUAGAUUCACCAGUUGUUGACACUUUUUGAUAUUGUGCGUGCUUACACCAUCUUUCGUGUGCACACUCUUGUGCUCUCGUGUGUGUGUGUGUGUGUGUGUGUGUGUGUGUGUAUGUAAUUGUUGUAGUUGAUGAAUUAUUUGAGAUUCCCUGGGUUGGGAAGAUCUCCUGGAGAAGGAAAUGGCAACCCACUCCAGUAUUCUUGCCUGGAAAAUCCCAUGGAUGGAGGAGCCUCGUAGGCUACAAUCUGUGGGGUCGCAAACAGUUGGACACGACUGAGUGACUUCACUUCCAGCUUCCAUUUGAGAUUAAGUCAUAGAUUUCAUGACCCUUUAAUCCCAAAUUCUUCGGCAUAUAUCUCCUCUAAGAAUAAGGACAUUCACUUGGUAUAACCAGAAUACAGUUAUCAAAUUCAUAAAAUUCAGCAUUGAUACAAUACCAUUAUCUAAUAUGAAAUCAAUGCUUGGAUUUCACCAAGUGUCUCAAUAAUGUCCUUUAGAGGGACUUCUUUUUCUGGUCCAAGAUACAGUCUAGGAUCAUACAUAAUCUGGAACAGUUGUCCUCAGCCUUUUCUAGUCAUUCAUGACAUUGACAUUUUUGAAGAGUAUAGGCCAGCAGUUUUGUAGGCUGUCCCUCACUUUGAGUUUGGCUGAUAGUUCCUCAUGCUUAGGUUCAGCUUGUACAUUCUUGGCAGUAACACCACAAGAGUGAUGUUCCGUCCUUCCUUUCUAGUGCAUCACACCACAGGGCACAUGAUGUCAGUUUGUUUUGUUCUUGAUCAUAAUGAAUGAUUGCCUGGUUAAUUUGGUGUCUGCUAGGUUGGUAACCUGUUUAAUAAUAGUUUUCCUGGGCUUCACUCUCAAGGUGCUACCUUAGCAGUCCUGGAGUGGGGCUCAGUAUUACUUCCCUUUAAGCUUUCAUGUAAUUCUAAAACAAAGCUUGUUUAAGAACCACUGAUCUAGGCUAACUUUCCACCAGAGCAGGAUUUCUCUUUUCCCAUCUAAAAAGUGGGCCUUAUUUGUUUCUCUUCGUAGUAAACAGAAUCACUCUUGGAAGCCUCCUUUUGGAUUCCAUUGUUGAUGUCUGUUUUCCUAAACCUUCCAUCUGUUGGUCAGAGUAGUGCCUUAAGAGCUUUGCAGAGUAAGUCUGACUCCUCUUCCAUGCGGUCCACGUGAUGGACUUUGUCCUCAUACUUUUCCCCUGUCUUCUAAACCUCCAUAGACUCACUUCAUCCUUUUGUUACAAUGUGGGUAUAUUUCCAGGGCCUGUACCAUGGUGAGACCUGGGAGCUGUAGCCCCAGUGUCUCUAACUUAGAUCUAUCAUCAGUGGCCAAGAGUGCAGUUGGACUAUGAUCCAAGGACUGAGAAGUGAUGGUUUUGAAUAGUUCCCAGAGAGAAGAGGCCAUGGAAAUGUUUCUAGAUGGUUUUCUGCUGCUUGUAUUGUGCAUGUGUGUGUGUGUGUGUGUGUAAAACACGUAAGUAAUGGAUUUAUGCAUUGAGUGAGGUCUCCAGGUGUAAAGGGUACUGAGAUUUUUUUAAGUAAUGACCUAGCAAGGAAAAAAUGAACAUGGACUUCAAGAUAAACAGGAACGGAGAGUUUGUGCAAAGCCUUUGGGGAAAAUUUGGGUAUUUCAUCUCCGUCCCCUUGCUUAGUCCAGAUUUCUUGGGGUGUGCACCCAAGGUGUGGCUUGAAAGGUGUGAAAAAGAAAGAUUCCAGGUGGUUGGGAGUCUAUACCCUCCUUGGAGUACCCCCUGCCGCUUUUUGUGGGUCCGUGAGUCCAAAACUUAGUGACUUCUUGCCCUGAAAAUUGUCAGGCUCCAAGGGGAAGUGGUAUGGCCCAUGUUCAAUAGUCAAGAUAUGUGGUCACCACAGACGUAAACUCAAGAGUACUGUCGUUACCAGACCAUUUCUGGCAAGACUGAAGCAUAAACAAGAUGCUUCCUACACUCUGAAAAUAAACAGGGUUGUGGUUAGGCCAUUUUUAACAUAGACACGCAAGACAGUUUGCCUGGUGGGGAUCAAGACUGUGCCUUUAGUGAGACAGCUUUGUGGUAGCUGCUUUAGUUCUGCAGAAACCCAGAGAAGGCUUCUUUCCCCCUCCGCCAGAUAGUUCAGAGUUUUAUGGUUCUUCAGGCCCUAAUGACAUACUUUUUACAGAUUAUUCUGGUUGUUGAGAGACAACUUGGAUAUAAAAGAGACAGCAGUGUCUACUUUAGAGUAAAUGAGUUUUUCUGGACUGGAGUUUUAAUAAUAAGCUGAGUUUCUUGGCCCUUGCUGUCAUGCUAAUCUUGAGAUCUAAAAUGCGGAGAGUCCUUUUAAACUUCCUCGGGUCGCAACUCUGCCCCAGGAUCCCUGUACAGGAAGCUCCUAUGAGUUUUCUUUGCUGUAGCUGUCCUUGCUUCUCGUCAGCAAGUGAAGUGACAGCUCUAAGUUUUAUUCAUGCCAUAGCCUGAUAGCAAAUGGGCGCAUGGGUGGCCUGAAUGGUGUGUUUGAUACAGGAGCCCCAAGGAUUUACCUCUGGCCCAGCGUUUCUCCUGCUCUCUAGACUUCCGGGUUGACAUGGAAUUGACCCCUUGGACCCCACUGUAUCACAGGAGACCAUUGCUAACUGGCUGUAUUCUGUGGCCAGAGAGGUCUUGUCUGUACCUUCUCAGCGGCCGCUCUCCCAGAGCUAUGUUGGAGCUCAGUGCUGCUCCCUGUGUUUAUCUGUGUGCAUUUAUCUUUGCAUGUGGCUCCUGCUACCACCCUUUCUGUCCUUGUUUCAUUUUUAAAAAUUUCUUUGCUGUCAUUCUGGCCUUUGGGGGCCCUGCUCCUAGUAGCUCUGGAUCUUUCUGAUACACUUGGAGUAGCUGGAAAAAAUGAUGCAGUCAAAUGCCAGAUCAAAAGCAGAUGGAAUUGCAUGCAUGUUUGGAACAAUGACAACGAGACGGCCCUGCACUGUGCAGCGCAGUACGGCCACACGGAGGUGGUGAAGGUCCUCUUAGAGGAGCUGACUGACCCCACCAUGCGCAACAACAAGUUUGAGACGCCUCUGGACCUGGCCGCACUCUACGGGAGGCUGGAGGUGGUGAAGAUGCUCCUCAACGCACACCCCAACCUCCUGAGCUGCAACACUAAGAAGCACACCCCUCUACACCUGGCGGCGAGGAACGGCCACAAGGCCGUGGUGCAGGUCCUCCUGGACGCCGGCAUGGACAGCAGCUACCAGACGGAGAAGGGCAGUGCUUUGCAUGAGGCUGCUUUGUUUGGCAAGACCGAUGUGGUGCAAAUCCUGCUGGCUGCAGGAAUUGAUGUCAACAUAAAAGAUAACCGUGGACUGACCGCGCUGGACACCGUCCGGGAGCUGCCGUCUCAGAAGAGCCAGCAGAUAGCGGCACUUAUCGAAGAUCACAUGACUGGAAAAAGAAGUGCAAAAGAGGUAGACAAAACCCUUACACCCCAGCCACCUCUCAUCUCCAACCUGGACUCGAUAUCCCAGAAGUCUCAGGGUGACCUGGAGAAAGCAGUGACUGAACUGAUCCUCGAUUUUAACACCAGCACGGAAGAGGAGGGUCCCUAUGAGGCGCUGUACAACGCUGUCUCCUGCCAGUCCCUGGACAGCACGGCCAGCGGACGCUCAUCCGACCGGGACUCUGUGAGCAGGGAGGCUGAGGCGGCCGGAGGGAAAGCUGCUGGAAUGAGGCCUAGGGAACGUCCUCCACCUCCAGCAAAACCACCACCUGAUGAAGAGGAAGAAGACCACAUAGAUAAGAAGUAUUUUCCCUUGACAGCUUCUGAGGUCUUGGCCAUGAGACCCUGGAUUCAGGGGAGUGCAGCCAAGGAGGAGGAGGAACACCCUUAUGAGCUGCUGCUGACAGCAGAGACGAAGAAGCUGGUGUCUGUGGAUGGAAAGACAACAGACCACAGGCGGAGCAGCGGCGGCCGGAGCCAGGACUCUGCGGAGGGGCAGGACGGGCAGGUCCCGGAGCAGUUCUCAGGUCUCCUCCACGGCUCCUCCCCAGUGUGUGAGGCGGGGCAGGACCCUCUCCAGCUGCUCCCUGCCCCUGGCCAGAACCAUCGCGAAGGGUCCCCUGCUCAGGGCGCCUGCCCCGAGGAGAUGCAGCUGGAACAGACAGGCAGGCGUGCGUCCGGAGCCUCCCCACCCCGCGUGCUGGACCAGAGUAGGAGAGUGGGCCACCCGGCAAGCCUGCCCCACGCCCACAGCCAGACGCACCCCAAAACUUCCACACGCACGGCCUCUCCACGCCCUGGGGGCGCUGAGGAGGAAGGUGACCUGAGCGGGGCCAGGAGCCGAGCCCCUCCCACCAGCAGACCCAAGGCUGAGCUCAAACUCAGCCGCAGCUUGUCCAAGUCUGACUCUGAUCUCCUGACCUGCUCCCCCACGGAAGACGCUACAAUGGGAAGCCGGAGUGAGUCCCUGUCCAACUGCAGCAUCGGGAAGAAGAGGCUGGAGAAGUCGCCCUCCUUCGCCUCUGAGUGGGACGAGAUUGAGAAGAUCAUGAGCUCUAUUGGAGAAGGGAUCGACUUUUCUCAGGAACAGCAGAGGAUCUCAGGUGCGCGGCCGUUGGAACAGAGCGUCGGGGAGUGGCUGGAGGCCGUGGGGCUGCAGCAGUAUGAAAGCAGGCUGCUUCUCAACGGCUUUGACGAUGUCCGCUUCCUGGGGCCUAACGUGAUGGAAGAUCAGGACCUGCGGGAAAUCGGCAUCAGUGAUGCGCAGCACAGGCGGAAGCUGCUCCAGGCCGCCCGGUCCCUGCCCAAGGUGAAGGCGCUGGGCUGCGACGGGAACAGCCCCCCGUCAGUGCCCUCCUGGCUGGACUCGCUGGGGCUCCAGGACUACGUCCAUUCCUUCCUGUCGAGUGGCUACAGCUCCAUAGACACGGUGAAGAACCUCUGGGAGCUGGAGCUGGUCAACGUCCUGAAGGUGCACCUGCUCGGCCAUCGCAAGCGCAUCAUCGCCUCCCUGGCGGACAGACCCUACGAGGAGCCGCCCCAGAAGCCCCCACGGUUCUCCCAGCUGAGAUGCCAGGACCUGUUCUCACAGACGUCGUCCCCGCUGAGCCAGAACGACUCCUGCGCUGGGCGGUCGGCUGACCUGCUGCUGCCUCCUGGGGACGCGGCCAGGAGGCCGCACGACAGCCUGCACGAGCCCGCGGUGCCCUCUCGGGCGGAGCGCUUCAAAACCCAGGAGGAGCACCGAGAGGCCAAGCUGACCCUCCGGCCCCCCAGCCUGGCUGCCCCCUACGCCCCUGUGCAGAGCUGGCAACACCAGCCGGAGAAACUCAUCUUUGAGUCCUGCGGUUACGAAGCCAAUUAUCUGGGCUCCAUGUUGAUCAAAGAUCUGCGAGGGACAGAAUCCACACAGGACGCCUGUGCCAAGAUGCGGAAAUCCACGGAGCACAUGAAGAAGAUCCCCACCAUCAUCCUGUCCAUCACGUACAAAGGGGUCAAGUUCAUCGACGCCUCCAACAAGAACAUCAUCGCGGAGCACGAGAUCCGGAACAUUUCCUGCGCGGCCCAGGACCCGGAGGACCUGUGUACCUUUGCCUACAUCACUAAGGACCUGCAGACCAGCCACCACUACUGCCACGUCUUCAGCACCGUGGACGUGAACCUGACCUACGAGAUCAUCCUGACGCUGGGCCAGGCCUUCGAGGUGGCCUACCAGCUGGCCCUGCAGGCCCAGAAGGCCAGGCCGAUGGGGGCCUCUGCCACUGAGGUGAUUGAGACCAGAUCUUCCAAGCCGGUGCCGAAGCCCCGGGUGGGCGUGAGGAAGUCAGCGGUGCCGCCGUCCCCCGAUAGUCGCUGUUGUCAGUGUCACACCCGCCCCACCCACCGUCCUUCUUACCUCCCGCUGCCGUCUGUUAGUCCUGGAGCCAAGCUGGAGCCACCCGACACGGACGCCGACGCCCAGUCCCACGCCAGCGUCUCCUGGGUCGUGGACCCCAAGCCGGACUCCAAGCGGAGCCUCAGCACCAACUGAGCCACCGAGGAACCGACUGUGUUGCAGAAACAGCCGUGCGGAGCGCAGGCUCCCGCCACCGCCGCUGCCACCACCGCUUCACCUGCAUUGGAGACCCAGGCCCACCUCCGCCCGCAGGACUCCUCCUGGCUGUGGGCCCGGGCCCGCCGCCAGGCCUCGUUGAGGGAGCCCUGUCCCGGUGCCAAGCAGCCCUCCAACCUCUAGCAGAUGAGACUGGGACUCCAGAGCCCGUAGAAGUGACUUGUCUAGAAAACGGUUUUUAAUAGAAAAAAAUUUUUUUAUAAAAUUACCUUUUAACACUUGGCUCAAACCUCUAGGUUAAACUGCCAAUCUUUAGACCAGUGGCCAUGCGGUCAGAGGGCAGCAGUCCUCUGUUCUCAGGCCAGGGUGUGGGCGCGCGUGGGCAGCUCCGAGAGAAGGCGCUGGGUGAACCGAGACAGCCCGACUGCCGCCGCUCCUUUCUGAGCCACACGCGGCUUCUCAUCCUCGCCUGGAGCCGAGCACGGCUGUGGCGGCUUCCACUCCGUACCCAGCGGGCCGAGCGUGGAGGUCGGGCCAGGCGGAGGACGAGCAGGCUGCCGUGGUCAGAGCACCGCCCUGGGCUGCAGGCCAUGGGCCCGCCAGUGACCUCAGGCCGGCCGACUCAGAUCAGAAAGGAGAGGAAGCAGCUGUGUGUGUCUUGGGCAUUAACGGGUAGGUCAGCUGAGGCCGGGUAGGUCUGCCUACCUAUCCGGUGUGUGAUUUAUCUAAUCAGGUGUGUGUGAUUAGGACUCACUUUGGUCUGACUGCCGUCCUUUCAGCUCUGGGCUCACCCCAGGCUCUGAGGGCGGAGAAGGCUGGUCGCAGAGGCAGUUUGCUCCCCCAGCGUGGCCCCCAGGGCCGGCACUGCCACCGCCUGAGCCAUCCUGCUGGCCUUUGGUUGCGUCGCCCCUCCUGGAGGCGGUAGGAUGGAAGGGACUCAUUCCUUGCGGCUGGGCCAGGGCAGCUGCUUGUCUAGCAGCUCCCAGAGCAGAGCCUUCCCUCCCCAAGCAAGCUGCCCCGCUUUGCUGGCGCGGUGCAGUGGGUCCUGGGGUCAGUAGUCCAAGGCCUUGGCAGCACCCCACCCCCUGGCCGGGAGCUCCCGGGGUACGGGGGGCAGGGAGCAGGACCACGUGUUCUGCUGACCUGAGUCGGGGCCCCCAUGGGUUCCCUGCACCGUCUACACCGCAGGCCCAGGGGGUCACCCUUACUCUGGGAUGGAGACAGGUGGUCCUGCCCUUUCGGUACUAACAAGGACCUCAACACCAGAAGUCUGACUUCAUGUCCUGCGGCUCCCAGGGCCUGAGGGUUCUACUGUGCAGUAUUCAGCCCCUCCUUCUUCCAGGGAUGGACAAGGAGCCCAAGCUGUGUGGGGAGACUGCAGUCUGGUCACAGCACAUGUUCUGUGCCCUCUUCCUCCUGAGGAAGGCCGGUCUCCUCUAAGUAGGCCCCUCAUGGUGGGCGGUGGAUCCACAAAGAAAACUGUAGACACUAUGAUGAGUUCCUCAAGCUGUUUUUUGUUUUUGUUUUUAUGUCCUAGGUAGGUGUCUCCUCCUCUUGAAGCUGCUAUAUCUUCUUUAUUUAUUCAGGGUGUUUUCAUAUUGGAAAGCCUUGGCUAAUCUGCUCUGGAUUUUGUUUUGAGAUUGGUUUAUUUCUCAGUAGUCAAAAAGGGAGGGGCUAGAUCUUUUUUACUCCUCCUCUGGGACAGGUACUCUCCCUUCCCUACAAAGAAAUAUUAUAACAUUGAGGACAGGCUUCACAUGGAGAAGCCUCGCUUCUGCACGCGAGCGCAGCCCUGUUCUGAAUCAUGCAGGCCCUUCAGGCGGGACUCAAGAGGGGUUAGUACCUGCCGGGCUGCGGGCUCUCUGCUCUGCCCUCCUCCUCGCAGCUGCUCCAAGUGAGUGGGGCUUCCCUCCAGACAGGCUCUGCCUCUGCGAUGCUCACACCCCUCCAGGGCCUCCAGCUGCAGCUCUGGGGAGUCCCUCCAGAAGCCUGGGGCUGAGCAGGCCUGUCUGCCCUCAGCCUGUGUAGGGGGGCCCGGGCCUGCAGGACGACCGUCAGACGCAGUUCACAAAGUGUUGUUGCUAACGGUGUGGCAAUGGGACUGAAAUGUAAUAAAAUGUUAUUUAAUCUUUGUCUCUGUAUUUUGAUACUUGAAUGACUUCCCCUUCUAUUUUACUGUACAUAUAAUUGUUAAUCUGUCCGGUUUUGUCUAAACUGCGAACACCUUGUGGUACCAAACGUGACCGCCCUGUGCGACAGCAUAGACUGACCUCACCACACCAGAGAAUGUAAAUAUUCCCGGGCUCUUGGCUUUGGUUUUGUUAUUUUCAUAACUGUACAACUUAGAACAGAUGAAUUAAUAAAUGAGAAGCGACAUGAAACCA